GCCAGCAGUUUGGUGCCUCGCAUUGUCGCAAAAGCAUGCAUCGCAGUUUCAGUACUCCCACCACACACUCAACCAGCAGCAGCAGCAGCAGCGGUAGCAGCAGCAGCAGCGGUAGGAGCAUCUCAAGCUGUGGCAAUCGUUAUGCCGAACAGCUUGGACGUUAUGUGUUCGACGAGCUGCUGUCGACGGAGCAACAAUAUUGCGAGGAUCUGGCCAAUGGCAUCGGUCGCUACACACGCAUCUUUCAACCCGAAUCGGAGCUUCCGGAAGGUCUGAUGGGUCAGCAGCAUGUGUUGCUCUCGAAUGUGACACAGAUUGCGGCAUUGCAUCGGCAUAAGAUGUUGCCGCUGAUGCUGCAGCAUCGUCAGGAGUUGGAUGUGCUGCUUGAGCGUUGGUUGACGCUCAUCGAGCGCGGACAUUUCAAUUGCUAUGUGCUCUACACUGCCAGCCAACGGGAGAGUCUGCGGCUUUACGAUACGCACGAAUUGUACUUUAAGCGCCUGCAAAUCACGCUCGGCGAUCCGCUGGGCAUUCGAAGUUUCCUGCUGAAGCCCGUGCAGCGUAUAACCAAAUAUCCGCUGCUGUUGGAUCGACUGAUUGCGACUUUCUUUGCGCAUCGCCAGCUGAUAUCGAAGCGAAUGUUUGAGUUGUCGUGUCGAUUGGAGAAGCGACUUCGCGAGCUGCUCGAGAGGGCGAAUCAAGUGGAUCAGCUAAAUGAUAUCAAGCACUUUAAUGCGUUUAAUGUGCUGAGCGAGGCAAACUUCAUUAUGGUGGGCGAGUUUCAGUUGCACGAUGCGCGGCUGCGUCGCACAUAUCAGAGCAAAUUAUUUGUGUUCAACAUCUGCAUCGUGUACACGGAGCGAAAGGGACGCAAACACUUGGUGCGGGGCAAAUUCGUGCUGCCCGAUGUGUGUUUUGUGGCCAAAGCGAAGUCGUUUGUGUUAUGCGACAAGUUGCACGAAUGCGAAUUCAUUUGCCAGCAGCCGGCAACGCUCAACAAAUGGGUGACUCUAAUGCACAAAUUGCUGAACGAUGAACCAACAACAACAACAACAACAAUAACCUGUGAUGAUAGCUGUGAUAAGCAGCAGUCGAAGGAAGUAGCAAAUGGAAUAGUCCAAAAAGAAGACGAAGAAUCAAUAGAAAGUACAAAAAGAUGCUCCGAUCAAGGUGCAAUGGCAGCCAUCGAUGAGGCAACUGCAGUUGCAGAUGACACAAUUAUGCGGCCAUUUGCAACAAGAAACUUUCCCAACAAAAAACUGCCGCCGGGCAAAUUCGAACUGAAACUGAAGCUGAUGCUGAUGCUGAAACUGGACAGGAGUUUGCAGGAGUAUCCAAAGGACCAGAAAGUCUGCUCUGCUCUGCUCAUGGAAUGGCGGCUGUGCGGCAAGCGCAUCUAA